AAACAGUGUCGUGAGGGGGUGUGGGGGAGGGAUAGAAAUCUCAAAUAUCUUGUCGUGGGCACUAGGCGUUUGGCAAGGAUAUCUAUUGGAGCAUAUACCGUAAAAGUUCGGGUACAGACGUAAAGUGACCCGUUUACUGUGGGAGCCGGGGAAAUGUUUAGGGCAAUUAAUCUGUUUUAGAUCCUUCUGAUCUGACUCGUUAAGGCGCCAUCAAAUUGUUUUCUGGGCUAAUUAACUUGGGUUAUCUCAAAGGUUGAGGAUUUUUUAGUGACUAACACUGGGGAAUUCGAGUUUGCUGGGACCGGACGGGAAUUUCCUGAGAUAUUGGAGUUUAAUCUGGGAAAAGGUUUGAAGCUCGUUGGAAAAUUCGAUCUUUAGAUGGAGCUGAGGAGACGACAGUGAAGGGUUUCGAGGAGAAUUUGUUGUCGAAAGGAAAUGGCGGCUACCCCUGUUGAUCCUCCGAAUGGAGUUAUGACUCCUGGGAAGCAUUACUAUUCUAUGUGGCAAACGUUGUUUGAGAUUGACACGAAGUACGUGCCAAUCAAGCCCAUUGGUCGAGGGGCGUAUGGUAUUGUCUGCUCAUCCGUCAACAAGGAAACGAACGAAAGAGUUGCCAUCAAGAAAAUACAUAACGCGUUUGAGAACCGCGUUGAUGCGCUGAGAACUUUGCGUGAAAUAAAGCUUCUCCGCCAUCUUAGACACGCGAACGUGAUUUCUCUGAAAGAUGUCAUGUUGCCUAUUCACAAGAGAAGUUUCAAAGACGUUUAUCUGGUUUAUGAACUUAUGGACACGGAUUUGCAUCAGAUUAUCAAGUCCUCACAGGCACUUACGGGUGACCAUUGCCAAUAUUUCUUGUUCCAGUUGCUUCGAGGCCUGAAGUAUCUUCACUCUGCGAAUAUUCUUCACCGUGACUUGAAGCCUGGGAACCUACUCAUCAAUGCAAAUUGUGACUUAAAAAUCUGCGAUUUUGGACUUGCACGAACAAAUAGCGGUAAGGAUCAGUUCAUGACAGAGUAUGUUGUUACCCGUUGGUAUCGUGCACCCGAGCUGCUCCUCUGCUGCGACAAUUAUGGAACGUCGAUUGAUGUGUGGUCAGUAGGCUGCAUAUUUGCUGAGCUUCUGGGAAGGAAACCGAUAUUCCCUGGAUCCGAAUGUCUUAACCAACUUAAACUGAUCAUCAACAUCCUCGGCAGCCAGAGCGAAGAGGAUCUUGAAUUCAUCGACAACCCCAAGGCAAAGAAGUACAUCAAAUCCCUUCCAUACUCUCCCAAAACGCCCUUUUCCCGCCUCUACCCCAACGCCCAUCCCAUGGCAAUCGACCUGCUGCAGAAGAUGCUCGUGUUCGACCCUUCAAAGAGAAUCAGUGUCACCGAGGCACUUCAACACCCGUACAUGUCCUCUCUGUACGACCCCAACAGCGACCCGCCAGCUCAGGUCCCGAUCAACCUUGACAUAGACGAGGAUCUCGGGGAAGAAAUGAUCAGAGAAAUGAUGUGGACGGAGAUCCUUCAUUACCACCCCCAAGCAGCAGCAGCCAUAACCAACAUGCAGCUCGACCUAGCUGCCCCACAAGCUUGAUCACAACAAAAGCAGUGAGUCCCGAGAGGUGGUUAGUUGUCUCCUCGAAGCUCGAUCAACCCCUCCCCAAUCUAUCAUUGUUGUUGUAUGUUCCCUUUUUCCCAGAUCUCAAUAAACCUCUUAUAAAACUGCAUUAACAGUUGGAACUGUAAACUGUAAUUUAUGCAUGUAAGACCUUCACCAGACCCAUAUCAUGUUGAGCUUCUUUAACUUAUAGUCUUGUACAGAGUUGUUUUUUUUUUAUUUUUUUCUUUUCCCAUCUUAAUAAGAACAUCCAUCUUCAUGCA